AUGGAUCAAAAACAGAGUCAAAUGGACCCGCCUCGCUAUCAAGAUGCUGCAUAUCAUCAAUAUGGUAGUCAAUAUGGUGGUCAAGUUGGUGCUCCAUAUGGUAGUCAGGCCGUCAGUCAAACUUUGCCUCCAACAGACCAAGAGGAAGCGCUCUUCUUAGAGCAGGUUACCGGUUGGAUCCCAAGACAACCACCCGCGAGAGAGGCGCGCAUGUUCCGCCUCAGUAGACCAGUCGUGAUUCCAAGGGUAGAUAUUGCUAGGCCCUUCCAAACGCCGUUUCCUUUCAUGAGAGCAUACAGCCCCGAUCUAUAUCGCCAUGAUAUAAGCGUUGAGACCUUUGUUGCCUUCAUCGACAAUCUUGCCGUGGCAGAAGCUCCGCCGGCUCCAUUGCAAGCUUUGAACGUCGCAGGCCAAGCAAUAGGAUUCGUUCCGCAUCAUUGGGCGCAAGCUGCCAGUUUUGGUAUAGGCAUGGCCGCAGGUGUAGGUACAGCUGCAGUCACCCGAAUCCGGACGCAGCGAUUCUUGGAGGCCGUUAAUCGCGAUUAUUUCGGGCCUCGAGGACUGAAGGUAUCCAUUUGCAAAGGUCAUGAUUUGGCUCCGAGGAUUGGACUUGGACAACUUUUACCAGAAAUACCACCAAUGGAUCUUAGAUCACAGUGCAUCAGCAUCAGAGACCGACAAAUGCAGUCCAUCGCCGCAAACAUAGCACCAUUGUCUUUAGAUGUCCCUCCGCCUUCCGAACAGCGCAACAUCAUCGACAGAAUGAGCGCCAAGCAAGUCGAGUCUCAAAUUAAAAGGUCCGAGAAAAGUAAUCGCAAAGAGCUACUAAAGCUUCGAGAAAAGGAUUCGAAAAUGGCCAGAAGGUCACAGGGACACUCCGGCGGCGACAGCUCCGAUUCAAGCUGGGAGGAUGAGCAGCGCGAGCUGGACGAGAAGAUUCAGAAGAUUCAGCGCAAGGCCGACGAAAAACUGGCUGACGCAAGUCCUAGACAAGCUUCAAGGAUAGAGGAGAGGCGAGCAAAAGAGAUGCGAAAAAUUGAGCGAGAACAGAGAAAACUGGAUAAAGAGGUUGAGAAGAAGAUGUCCAAAGCUUCAAGAAAGGAGGACAAGAAGCUAUCCAAAGAUGGUCGGAAGGCCGGAAGAAUGGAGUUUGUGGUCGUGGAGAAUAUCUAG